AUGGAGGGAUCUAGCACAUUAUUUGCCCCAUUUGUGUGCGGGAUAUUUCUGCUGUCAAGUUUAUCGGCGGUCAGCGACGGCUUAAUACUACAUUCCAGGCCCAACACUGACCAUAUCAUUCCCGACCCACGGGCAGAAUCCAAGGAAAUGCGCUGGACAGACGCGGCCUACGACUUCAUCAAGAGACUGGAUUGUAAAGAUGUGUUUAUAACGUCACCCAAAGAGUGCAAGCGUUUGAUGAAAAUUCCCAAGAAAAACAUGAACGUCUACGUGGCCGGGCCGACGGUGUACGGUCGCUACCGUGUGAACCUUCCCGGCGAAAGCCUAACGCGCAGCGGGCCGAAAGACGGCGUGGUCGUCUUGGAUCCGUACCCCAAAGCAAACUUCGGACACCUCGUCUUAGUGUUCUUCAUUGAGAAAAAUAUAAUGAGAGAAGUGUGUGAGAGGCAAGGUGGCCACUUCGCAGGAUAUGGCGACUGUUUAACGUUGGCGCUGAAAAAACGCUGCAAGAACGCCUUGGAGCGGACGAAGCGGCGUCGUAACAUGGCUCGUCGGUGUGAGGUGAACUUCCUACCAGCGGUCAUGUUAAACGCAGGCGACGACCGCAAAAUGUACACCUUGGGAAGAAAAAGCUACCUCAAGUGCUACGAACUGAAGGGCUUUGCGCCGUGCCCUGAGUUGCGCCCCUUGAACGAGACGUCGGAACUCAUUUGCAACCCGCUUCGUGACAAUACGCAACGGUGUUCCACGACUCACGAGACCGUCCACACGAGCUGUCGUGUGUUCGAGAUAUGCGAUCAGGCUGUGAUCAUCUCGGGAGGAUGGAAUCGUCUCAUGUCCACAAAGAGGCACAAAAACAAUGCCUGGAAUUUCUUCCAUAUGCUACGAGAUAACGGUUUCCUCCGACGAAACAUCAAAAUAUUUUUCGCCAACGGGGCAAAAGGAGGAGAACAGGACGUUGAGGAGCGGCAUUCUGUGCACCCUGCCGCCAUGAAGCUGGCCCUGAGGUACCACAUACAGAAGAUCUGUAAAUCUCCCCACUGCGUUGAUUCGUUUGUCAUCUAUAUGAACAGCCCGGCGAAAAAUGACGGCACCUCACUCCUGUGGGACCUCAAUGGCGAUGGACUGGCGGAGGACUCUGAGAAGUACACCGUACGGGAGUUGAAGCACGACCUUCACAAGUGCGCCGCGCGACAGGUCCAUAUUGUGGUAGAUCAAAGUUACGGCGGAGUGAUAUCGGAGGCUUUCAAGAAAUCCAAGCAUCACUCCAACGUCAUCGUCAUGAGCGGCACGAGAAGUAAUGAAUAUGCAUUUAACAACGAAUACACCAAUCACUGGCUCUCCUACAACAGCUCUCAAGUGGCGACAAAGUGUUCGCAAAAUAUUCACGAGGAGAGUGUGGGCAGCGUACGAAAUUCAACACCUGAUAUACAAGAAGGUCAUGAAGGCGUGGUCAAAGCUACCAUAUUUGGAGCCCCAUGUGACGUCAGACCCCCGUUCACGCGCAGGGAAUUACGUCAGGAAUAUUUGGGAUGUCAGAAUCUACCAACAGCAGUGUGGUUAAUGAAAGUUUUCCGAACACGACAGUCCGACUCGGACAGGAGUGGUCUGUGGUCGUAGUCUCGCGAUACUUAACGAGAGUUACGUUCUUCCACCCUGAAGACUAUGGAAAUCAAAAGACUCGAUCCCCUAUAACACGAGGUGUUACGCUUUUCCCAAAUCGUCUUCGCCGGAUUAAGGCGUUAUGAUUGGACAAGAUCUUAUUUCUUUCAACAAAUGACCUCAUAUUGACACUAGCAGCGCCGCCUGUAGGGCAGCCUGGAGUUCCCGCCAAGAAGACACCAGGUUAUCUCCCUUGAAGCAUUUCCUUCGACUUUCCAGCUGGUCUAUAUGAUCUUGCAUGCUAGAGAGAAAUCGUAUGAGUACUGUUUUAGCAGUGUUGUUGUAUAUCUAAAUGAACAUUGUUUUCGUCAGUAUUCGUGUGUAUGAUGACGACAGCACAGGACUGUUUAUGCAUUUUAUCGAAAUAUUUUCCCCUCAUUAUACAAAUUAGUCCGUUUUUAGACCUUGCUGAAAGAUAGAGUAACUGGUCGAGCGUUGAUCUCAGUCGAGACUCAAACUUAGACUAAAACAACAUAGAAUUGGGUUAAAGAAGAACUAAAAGUUUUGUGAGAUAGCAAGAGUUUCCAACACCAAAUAAAUAGCACGGGGCAGAUAUUUGAAAGUCAAGGUACUAAUUGUUAAGAAAGGUAAAAGUAUGGCUGUCACUUUGUAAGGUAUAUUCGAGCGCUUUGUGCAUUGUUUCGGUCUCCAUUUCCACAGAGUUUCGGUCGCCAUUUCCACAAGGUUUAGGUCGCUAUUUCCAUAAGAUUUCGGACGUAGGAAGUUUAACUGACCUGUAUUAAUGGACGUCUUUUGAUUCAUACCUCUCAAAUUCACAGAAAUAUAUUUAUAAAUGCUUUAGGACAAAUGCACUAUAGUGAAAUUGGAAAUUUGAAAAUAUCGUGUUCUAGCAUAAAUUUUAAUGGAGACUGCUUACUUAUGCAGACAAGGGUUUCUUGUGAAAUGUUACGAUCAUCAUCUUGGUUCAGAUUAAUCCUAUUUGAAUGUAGGUUUGGAGAAUGACAAGGGUAUAGUUUGGUUUCGUCUCACGGAUGGGCGUAUCUAACCCUUAUGUUACCGGUUCGGCAUCACUGUUUUAACCUUAACGGUUUUGUAAUAUAUGUUUAUGAUAAUUUGUUUUCUUGUGCACAUAUUUAUGUCGGUGGCUAAAAGUGCUAGGGAAAUGUGAAGUGUGAGCCAGAUGCGUUCGCUGCUUGUGUACCAAAACCAGGGGAGAUAACCUGCUAAUGUCACCCUAUAAUUUUAACAUCUCAAUUAUCUCCCCUUGAAAACCAAGACGAAAUUUUUGGGAGGACGGAGGAGGGGGGAGGCUGCGGGGCGAGCUUUAAAGGAAACUUAAUGAAUUUUCUUGAAGUAUGAGGUCCAGUAACAAGAGUAAAUAUAACCGUAGCUUUAGACUCUGGUAACUGGUUACCCCAGUAACCAAGUCAUGGGUUUAAAGAUAGAUUUGUGACGUCUUUCCUUUGCUGUACAUAGCUAGACCUGCAAGCCCAUACCGCUCAAUCUUUAUCAAGUUAUUUGGUGCAAUACCUUCAAAUGUACAGAAUGUUAACAUCAGCUGUCCUUUAUGUACAUAUAAGCUGUAUAUAACUAUUAUGUGGUAUAUUUAUAUAGAAUUUUAUCAGUUUCACGUCAGACACGAAACUGAAUUCCGCUAGUUCUACCGCCAACCAUGGACAUACCAUACGCCCGAUGACAGAUUUUGAUCAAUGUGUAUGGCUGCUCUCGUAUAUCAUUUUACCCCAAGGGACGCAACCCCAAACAGAAGAAAACAGGACAAAUAGUGCAUUUUUCAAGAAUAACUGGUUACAAAAUGAAAAAAUAAAUCCCUUAGAUAGUGCAGGACACGUUGAAAAUUGGAAUUGGAUUCUUCUUAAAUCAAUUUUUUGUUUAAAUAUACAAUAAUAGCUCGAGUUAAGUGUUCAUAAAUCUUCGUACGCUUUUGUAAAGGGUUAACAGAUUUAAAAUAACUUAAUUUCUUAAAUGACAUUUACACGGCCAUAUUUAAUUUCUACACAAAACCUUCAAAAUUUUUGAGCGUCAGUUCACAGUCGUAGGCUUUUGUAAGAAUUCUCUCCUUCCCUCUGUAAUUUUUUUUGUAAAUAGUUUCCUUUUCGACAUUGUCUGUUGUUAUUGUGUAAUUGGGAUGUGUAAAGAUAACCCACUUUGACUAUGCGAAAUAAAAACAG